AUGGAGUCCGACACGGCGACCGACUGGUCGUCGGCGAAAAAGGGCUCCUCCGAGACGUCGAUGCUGAAGAAAUUUCAUAAUUGGGCAUUGUGCGCCCUCUGUAUUACCAGUUUGGUCGUGUCCGGCCUAUUGAUGUAUAGGGAACUAGGAUUGGAAUCGAGGAUCGCCAGUUUGGAAGCUCGUUUACAACGUCAAGAAAUACCGGACGUCCUCAUUCAGAGGCUGAAGAGGGAGAUUCGAAAUCAACUCGCGUUGCAUCGGAAAUCUCCAGAAUCGAACGCCUUUCGGACCAAAAGAGAUGUUCCCGAGUGUAACUGUCCACCAGGUCUUCCCGGGGAACGAGGUCCUGCUGGAAAAAGGGGAAAAAGGGGAAAGAAGGGCGACCGUGGCGAAGUAGGUCCUCAGGGCGUGGCCGGGGCGCCGGGCAAGAACGGUUUUCCGGGACCCAUCGGGAUGGAUGGACCAAAAGGUGCACCGGGCCUACCCGGAGAUAAAGGGCAGAAAGGUGAACUCGGAAGUCCAGGUUUCGACGUCUUUUCUGCAGUAAAGGGACUUCAGGAGCAAGGGCAUAAUAUCUCAGCGCAGACCAUCAUACAACUGAAAGGAGAACCAGGGGAACCUGGACCACCAGGGCAACCCGGUCCUUCGGGAGCCGAAGGGCUUCCUGGCCACGAAGGCAGACAAGGGGCUCCAGGCGAUGUUGGGCCACCGGGUGAGAAAGGAGCACCAGGACCCAUUGGGCCGAUUGGUCCAGUUGGAACUCCGGGUCUUCAGGGUAUCAAGGGUGACAAGGGUGAUAAAGGCGACCGAGGGUUGACAACAUCCUUGAAUGGCGAACCCUUUGCUACCGGAGUAUUCGAAGGACCGCCCGGUCCACCAGGACCACCUGGGCCCCAGGGCGAGAAGGGGGAGCUGGGUCCGACUGGACCACCCGGUCUGCCGGGAGAGAAGGGUCCCCGGGGAAAGCAAGGGAAGAGGGGUUUCAAGGGUGAAAGCAGUAUGGCAUUGAUGAGAGGUCUACUCGGCUUACCGGGUCCGAAGGGUGAACCCGGUGAACGGGGUUACCGGGGCGAGAAAGGCAUCAUGGGAGACACAGGAUCAAAAGGAGAGCAAGGACUUCCCGGCUUACCUGGUCUUAACGGCACAGAUGGAGAAGUUGGUAUCCAAGGUCCACCAGGCUUGCCAGGUAUCGCUGGACCUAAAGGUGAAAAAGGCGAAUACGGUGAUAUUGGACCUCCAGGCCUCAUGGGUCCACCAGGCUUACCUGGUCCUCCGGGUUAUCCAGGUCUGAAAGGUGAAAAAGGAGAGAAGGGCGAAUCGAAAUACAAAAAGCUUAGGCGAAGACAGGGAGACGGUACAUUUGAAGUAAAUGCCGGUGAAGUGAUAAUGGGACCGCCAGGACCACCCGGCCCAGCUGGUACUCCCGGACUUCAAGGUCCACCUGGUAUCAAAGGCGAUCGAGGACAUGACGGCGCUAAAGGCGAUCCUGGUGAGAAGGGCGCCAAAGGAGAUCCUGGUCCAAUGGGACUGCCCGGCCCCAUGGGACUGAGAGGAGAAUCUGGCAAACCCGGGGAUACCGGGAAACCUGGUGCUAUGGGGCCACCAGGAUUAGACGGCAUGAAGGGCGCACAAGGAGAACCGGGCACGAAGGGCGAGAGGGGGGACCCCGGACUACCUGGUACUGAUGGAAUUCCUGGCGCGGAGGGACCGAAGGGAGAGCAAGGUGCAAAAGGCGAAUCCGGACCGACAGGAAAACGCGGUAGAAAAGGUGACAAGGGCAACACAGGAGAUCAGGGAGUACCAGGUCUCGAUGCACCUUGUCCAUUGGGUGUCGAUGGACUACCACUAGCAGGAUGUGGAUGGAGACCACCUCAGGAUAUCACUAGUACCUCAAUACCAGCAGUUGAAGGUCCAGAACCAGCAGAAACGGAUUAUGAAGAGCAAGAAGAGGAAUACGAAGAAUAUGCGGAUCCAAACAACGGAAAUCUAGCUGAGCAAUAAAUGCUCAUUGUGCGCUGCCCUAAACACCACCAACAACUACUAUCACCACUACCACUACUACCACCACUCAACCACCACCGCCAUCGCCCCACAUCACUCGUCUCACCUUGC